CUCUCAUAUGUGUGCCUGGCUGUUGUUUUUAAGAGGAACGUGAAAGUUUGAGUGUAUCCUUCAGAGGUACCGUGCUGCCUUUGCAGUGCUGCCCCUCAGAGACCAUCUGAGUCGGAUUUAGUUUGUUGCUUUAAUUUGCCAAACUGAACUGUGGGCUGAACGCUGCAACAUUGGCCAGUGAUCUCGAGGGGCAUUAAAGGCUAUAAAUUGCAAUUACACAGGCUGUUAAACAGCUAAUGCACAAAGGACUUGUAACUUCAGGUGCAGGCCUCGAUGUCAUGGAUCUGUGUGUGACCAUCAAAGGGGUCUCCUUCCUCCUGCAAACAGGUAUGGGCAUUUUGGGGAACACCGUGGUGCUGCUGGCGUACGCCCACAUCAUUUACACCGAGCCCAAGCUCCUUCCUGUGGACAUGAUCCUGUGCCACCUGGCCUUCGCCAACCUGAUGCUGCUUCUGACCCGCUGCGUCCCCCAGACGAUGACUGUGUUUGGGCUGAAGGACCUGCUGAACGACCCCGGCUGUAAGGUGGUGAUCUACGCCUACCGCAUCGGCCGGGCUCUGUCAGUCUGCAUCACCUGCAUGCUCAGUGUGUUUCAGGCGGUGACCAUCGCCCCAGCUGGGCCUCGUUUGUCGAGGCUGAAGCCUGCACUUCCCUCCCUGGUCCUCCCCACGUUUGCAGGGCUGUGGCUUCUCAACAUGGCCAUAUGCAUCGCAGCUCCUUUCUUCUCUAUGGCUCCAAGAAACGGCACCGUCCCUGCUUUUACUCUCAACCUGGGCUUCUGUCAUGUAGACUUCAGAGACAACCUGUCCUAUGUGAUCAAUGGGGUGGCCGUCUCUGGAAGGGACUUUGCCUUCGUGGCUCUGAUGUUAGGCUCGAGCGGUUACAUCCUGCUGCUUCUCCACCGCCACAGCCGGCAGGUGAGAGGGAUCCGUCGCUCCCAGGGUGCCGGGGCAGAGACCAGGGCUGCCAAAACAGUCGUCACCUUGGUGGUUCUCUACGUGGUCUUCUUCGGGAUUGAUAACGUGAUCUGGAUCUACAUGCUGACGGUGGCGAAGGUGUCGCCAGUGGUGGCUGAUAUGAGGGUGUUCUUCUCCUCCUGCUACGCCUCUCUCAGCCCCUAUUUCAUCAUCUCCUCCAACAAGAAGGUCAAGGCGAAGAUCGUGUGUGCAGCCGAGCAAGACCAACCGUCAGCAGACAAUCAGGAGUCGAGUGACAAAUGAGUCCUUUUCUAUCUUGACAGGCUGUCAACUGACCUGCAAGACAGCAGAGUCGUACUCUCAGACUUCAUUAUUUUGAGCGCUGUUGCACAAAUCCCUGUCAUUUAGCUACGCAAUGGACCCUUUAGAAAGUAGUCAGAGACUGUAGAGACUUGCGAUGAUGUAACAGGGUUUUCUCUGUAUAUAUAUAUACAUGCAUCUGCCAUGGGGUUUAUGGUCAUUUUGUAUGCAGGCAAAAAAUAAAAUAAAAAAAUUAGUCAAUUAUCAGAAUCUGAAUUUUAGAAUUAAUUUAAGUAAUUUUUCCAAACAUCCCAUCUUUCCAGCUUGAGAAGUGCCCUUGAGCAAGGCACAUAA